UUUGGCGGUGUACGCGGGCUUUGUGGUGAACGCGGGCACUGUGAUGCACAUGCUGGCGGCGCACACGGGCACGGGGGUGCAUCCGUACGCAGGCACAGGGUUGCGCAGAGCUUGUUAUUCCUCGUGGGCUGCUGCGUGGCGAGCGGUACGCCGGUGACGUUGGUGUACCGCAACUUCUUGGAACAAUUCCCGUACUACCACCGCGCCGAGCACGGAGCAGUGACCACCCUGUGACCCGGCAGUGACCAGGCAGUCCGACGCUGCGAAGACGAUGUUGGAGAGCUGGUUCUACGGCCCCACAUGGUGUGCGGGCGCCGAGCGUGCGAGCGAGCAGCUGGAGCCCCCACAGGGCUGGCCGUUCAAGAAGCCGCCCUGCCGGGGGUGCGCCUGCAUCGCGCGAGGGAAGACGCAGUGGUCCUACGACCAGGUCGGCUUCUUCGGCAGCGUGGUCACGAACGAGACCAUGAAGGACAGGGUCACGGUCUUCCACGCCGGCUGCCCCAUCAACAGCCCGUUCGCAGACUUCAUCCCGCACCUCGUCUCGGGAUCGAACGCCGUCCCACAAAGUCUACGACAACGUAUACGGCCGGAUCGGCGCGGCAGGGAACCUGCAGGUCUGCGCCGCCAAGUUGAUGGAAGCCGCGCCGGGCACUGGCAACCCUUACGAGCGCUGCUCCCUCUGCGAUGCGCUCCCGGAGGGCGCCCGCCGCCACGGCGCCUGGAGCAUGUCGUGCCCCGGGGGCGAGCCCGCCCGCGAGGAGGAGCACUGAGCGGCGCCCGGCGCGGGAGGUGCAAUAUUCUUUCGGGGCUCAAGGGGCCUGAUUGACCCGGGUCUGGAUUGACCUUGGUCAGAAGAUCCUCGAGUCUUGGGCCCGAGGCACCUGUCACGGGAAGGAGCGCUGCCGAUGCUGCGUCUCUGGAAGAAGCAAAAACGCCAUAAACAUUAAUUUUUGGCGCUCCGCGCCGAUAUCUUGGAUCCGCGCUGGGCCCACCCGUCGGCGCCUCUGGCGCCGCUCCUGGCGCGCUCUGCGCGCUUGGGAGCCAGGUCCAGCGCAGAUCCAAGAAAUCCGCGCGCAGCGCCAACAGUUUAUGUUAGGGCGUUUUUUCUUCUUCUAGCCGAUGCUGCUUCUCUCGAAGGAGGUAUUCUGUAUUCCGUAUGGUUGUGCCCUCCUCCCCACAGUGCAUUGCCGCGGUCGGUCGGUCGGUCGGCGGAGUCGUCGCCGCCCUCCGCGAGCGAGCGGCCCGCGAAGCGCAAGGGGGGGGCUCCUCCGUCGCCCGCCCGCGGGCCUGGAAAAAGCGGGGGCCGGGCGGGCAGCGCCUCCGCCGCCCCGCAGCGUGGGGGGG